GUUCUGUCGAGAUCGAACAAAAGAAAAGACCGGAAAUGGUAGUGCAUACGACAAAUUCUGAUUCGCGUAAAACAGAUAUUGAAACAUUGAAAGAUGAACUGCGUCGGAAUACGCCAUCUGCACACAUAUCAAAUACCACUUUUCAACAGGCACUAAAUCAUUAUUCAAAUUUACUGAAAGGGAAUAAUCCGAUAUUCGCAUAUACCAAUAAUUGUUCAACCAAUUUGGUUGGCUCUGUUGAGGUUCCGGAUAUUAAUCGAUCACUAGCCUCACCAUGUUCACCUCCCGAUCAGUGUAGGAUACCUCAAUCAACGCUUGAUAACAAGUUAUUCACAAUUUCACCAGCCUAUACACCUUUCCCGUUAAACGCUGCGGCAGUGGCAGCAGCUGCAGCUGGAAAUCUUCCGGUAGCGAUUGCUGCUGCAGCUGCUGCACAAACGGCAAAUCCAUUCCUCUUUGCUGCUGCAUUAGGAUUACAACAACAACCACAAAAUGCAUCUUCGACAUUUCCAUGGAUCACAAAUGCGCAAUCAUUCACAGCGAUGUUACCCUAUCUUCAGCAUUUGCAGACUCAAGUGCAGCAGCAAGCACAAGCACAGGUUGUAUUAGCGCAGCAAAUAGCAGCACAACAAGCUGCAAAUUUACAUCAACAAUUCAAAACAGUCGCAGCAGCUGCAGCAGCUGCUCAUACUUCAUUAUUGUCUCAACAGCAGCAGCAACAUCAACAACCGCAGCCGCAUUCACAGUGGUUGUCCCCGCCACCGUCUGUUCCUCCUCAAAUUUCCACCCUAAGGCAAACAGCAACCUGUCCAUCACCAUUACUUCCAGCAGGUGCUGAAUCAACAUCAUCCUCACUGUUGGAGCUUACUGAAUUAAGUCCACCACUUCAUCCUGAACCACAACAACCACCCUCACCUCCAGCAUCAUCCAGUUCAUCGUUAUACAAUGAUGAGAAACAGCAGCAGCUGCAGCAGCAGCAGCAGCAGCAGCAAUUUCUGUUCGAUGAAGAUUUGAUGAUCGAUUCAUUGAUGGAGGAACGAAAAGAUUUAUCUGAGAAAGAAAGUAUCGCUGUCGCCGUUUUAGCUGGUAUGGCUGCAUGUCAACGAUAG